AUGUCUCUCUGGCCGUUUCGGACGGGCAACGAUGAUCGCUUCCAGACAACCAGCGGUCCCUCUGGCACCGAGGACAUCUACACCACCCUGCGCCAGGGAGCCCUACCGCCGCACCGCUACGGGGUCGAAGUGGACAACUACUUGGAGUGGCGGUGGCGGCGUGGCUUUGUGCAGAGCGUCUUCCCUGUGUCGUGCUAUGGCGCAGUCGCCGGUUUCUGCGUCGGCUUCCGGCAGUCGCGCGUCGAAGGUCGUUAUGUUGGUCGAUAUCGCAUUAUGUGGCGCUACACUUCGACGUUUGCAGCGGUGGGGCUUCUGACGAGCGCGUUUCACCACCUUCUUGUCGUCCGCAAUCACUACCACGACAAGUUUUACUACCCCGUGGUGGCCGGCACGGGUGGCGCGGCGGUUCUUUCGCUGGCAUCACAGAUGGGCACUCUAGGGCAGGGCAUGUUCGUGGGCGCCUUCCUCGGCAUGCUGUACGGGCUCGGCUGCUACGGCAUGACGUACUACCAUCGACGACAUCUGCAGAUCUUUUUGCACGAGCAGCAGCUCCGGCAGGUGCCCGUUCACAAGGUCUCACCGGAGCUGCAGCCGAUGUACCGCGCCUUCCUGUAUGACAACCGCCCUUUGGAAGAGGCCGACAAAAAGCACCGUGAGACGGUUGCCCUCUCCCGCUCUAUCGACGACACCCGCCUCGACGCCCAGACAUUCAUGAGCAACAUGACGCCGGAGGUGUUUGAGUGGGUAAACUUUCCGGAUUGGUGGCCACUGAAAUGGCCAAUGCAGACAGAGGAGGAGCAGAUGCUUCUGGAGCGUCAGCGGAACGAGGAGGUUGAGCGGCGCAAGAACGUCUUUCUAGAAACGGAGGAUGCUGGUCUGUUGAAGCGCAAGAACCGUGCGAAGAGGUAUCGUGAUGGGUGA